AACAUGGCAGAAGAUUUAUCGAUCAAUAAAAAUAAGAUAUUCACCCAACGGUACGGCAACAGUAAUAACGAUAUUUGUCGGCUGUGUUUGAAAAAUGAAGCCCACAUGGAACCGCUGUUCUAUUCGAACCUUUUUCCCAACAUUUUACUCACGAAAAAGAUAUACGAUUGCACUUCCAUCCAGAUAAUCUACGAGCGCAACUUGCCGAUGUUUGUGUGCAAACUUUGCGCCAACAAGCUGGACGAGUACGUGCGGUUUCGGGACCGGUGCAUAGCAAAUGAUGAAUUUCUACGCAAUGCUCUGGCGGCAUUCGAUGCCAACGGUGGAAGCUGUUCGAGUGGGAUUAAGAUGGAACCGGAAGACACAUCGCCACCUCCACCGUUGCCACCGACAGCACCGACAACGGCAAAGUUUGCCCACUGCCUUGCGGUAACGCCGAUGGAACUAAACUGUGCCCUUGUUGCGGCUGCUGCCGUUGCAGCCGGUCACCAGAGCAGCAAGCGCGAGCCACCGGAUGUGGAGGAAAGCCAUGAAAGAUAUGGUUCCGGUGCUGUCUCUCCCGACCGAUCGAGCUGUGGACGAAUGGCAAUGGUAGACGAGUUGCCAUCCCUGAAACAAACGCACGACGAUCGAUAUCGGAGUGGCGAAGAGGAGGACGAUCUACCUGCUGACGAUGCGUACGGAGAACCAAACCCCGGUGCCAAGCAGUACGUGUGCGAGGUGUGUUCGAAAUCGUUCAGAAUCCGCCAUCAUUUGCUUGUGCAUAGGCACACGCACGUGGACAAUCAUGCAGCGCCGACCAACGGAUUGCUGCACGGUGGAUCGGACUUUAAUGGCGGCGUAACCGGUAGCGGGAAACAGUCGUAUAAUUGUCCCAAAUGCGCCAAAGUGUUCGUCAACAAGGGUAAUCUGCUGAACCAUCUCGAGACGCACACGAACGAGAAGAGCUACGCGUGUGAUAUCUGCACGAAAACGUUCAAGUACAAUGUGCAGCUGCGGUUGCAUAUGCGCAUCCACACCGGCGAACGGCCGCACAAGUGCGAGAUAUGUAAUCGCGGAUUUUCGCAACUUUCAAAUCUGCGUUCCCACCGAAAAACUCACUCCAAAGUCAAACCGUACAAAUGCCAUUUAUGCCUCAAAAGCUUCACCAUGCUGGACAACCUUACCGCGCACAGUGCAAAAUGUCUGAAGGACAAGUUCCGCUGCACGCUCUGUUCGAAAUCGUUCGCCAAGGAGGGUAACCUCCUGUCGCACCUGCAGUCCCACACCGAUGGCAUUGUGGAGAAGAUGUUCAAGUGUGAAAUGUGUCCGAAAAGUUUCAAAAACAAGGAGGACUGGAAACGGCACGUGCGUGUUCAUACGGGCGAAAAACCGUACACUUGCGAUAUCUGCUCGAAAGGGUUCGCCCAAAAGGCGAAUCUACUCUCCCACCGCAAAACGCACCUGAAGCCAAACGUGGUGUACAAAUGUGAACGCUGUGCGCGUACGUUUCGAUCCCAGAAAGUCCUCCAGCUACAUGUGCCCAAGUGUUCCGGCAUUGGUGUGAGUGAUGGGACGAGUGUUCCUUCCGCUCCAGCUACACCGGUGUCGGAAUCGGUUCCGGAUUCUCCGAGUCCGGGAACGGCCGUCACCCAGUCGAACACGGCAUCCUCUACCGUGGCUUCGGCAAACGACACGCCCACACUAUCGGAAGCUCUAUCCGAUCUGUUGCGGUACGAAAUCGCGUUACGAGCACCGCUGGAACUGCAGCAAAUGCUGCUCGGGCACAUUGAUCGCAAGAAGCCACAAAAUGGAACUGGCGGCAAAGCGACCGGACGGCGCUACAGGUGUGAUGUGUGCUUCAAGGGCUACUCCCAGUAUCCGUCACUGAUCAAGCAUCGAAAGCUACACUUCAAGGUACCUCCACUGGUAAAGGUUCUGGCGGGUAAGGGAAAGCACGACGCCGACUACGAGGACCACGAGGAACCACGGGAUGCGGGAUGUGACGAGCAUGCGACUGAUGGCCGACACCUAGACGGGACGACACCACCACCGGAGCCGCACGAUCCAAUCGAGCGGCCGUACAGCUGUGAUAUAUGCGGCGGAAGAUUUGAGGCGGCAUCUGACCACCCACCCGACCGAUGCCGGCAGGAGCUUCAGCUGCGAGUACUGCUCGAACCGGUUCCGCUCGAACGAGGACCUGAAGCGGCACCGACGCUCCCACACCGGCGAGCGGCCCUUCCGCUGCCCGCACUGCCCGAAAGCGUUUACCCAGCAGUCGAACCUUCGGGCCCACGCGAGGAUCCACGAGCGCUAGUGAGCGUGCCACAACCGGUGCCAAUGCUGGAUGCUGGGAGCAGAGCGUUACUGCAACCGGUAACAACGGUCGAACCGGCAUGCGUAACAUAACGGUUUGAUGUACCGGAAAGGGAAUUAGGAUCAUUUUUGGCUGCCGGAAACAGCACGUAGGAGUAUUUGAAUGAGUUUCGUUUCUAUUUUCAAACGAUACAGUUAACCCAUUGUUUUCUUUCCUAUUGGAUGGUGUGUUGUGUUAGUCAAUGUGUUUUUUGCCCGAACAUGUGCAAUUGUGAUUAUUGUAGCCGGUAGAGGAAAUAAAUGUUGUUUCGUGUAUCUUCCUGGUGUACCCAAACCAGCUAUGUUA